GGAAUCAUCUUUCCCAUUUCAGGCUUCUUCUCUUUAAUAGCGUUCCUUGGCCUCAGCUCUGAAGCGAAAACCAGAAAAAGAGAAAAAGGAGAUAUUUUUCCUCUCCGCUUUUUUAAUCUUCUUCGGUUAUUUCAAACCCUAAUUUUCAAUCUCCGCUUCUCAUACUUAUUGCAGAAACUAUCCCUUUGGUUGUCUAAUGGCGUCAGGAUCAUCUGGUAGAACUGGUUCUGGUGUCUCUAAAGGGUUCGAUUUUGGUUCUGACGACAUCCUCUGUUCUUACGACGAUCUUGGGAAUCAAGAAGCUCUCACCGGCAACCACAGGGAUCCUGUGAUGAGUAGCAACUCCGGAAAGGAAGGCAAGACGGGGAGAUCCUCAUUGUUACAUGCCUAUAAUCAUCAAGAAGAAUCCCUUAACCAGGAUCUGAUUUCUACUAUGGAAAAGACUGUGAAAAAAUAUGCCGACAACCUACUUCGUUUCCUUGAGGGAAUUAGUAGCCGUCUGUCACAACUGGAAUUAUAUUGCUACAAUCUUGAGAAAUCAGUGGGAGAAAUGCGAUCUGAUUUGGUUGAAAAGCAUAGUGAAGCAAAUUCAAAGCUUAGGUCUCUUGAGAAACACCUACAAGAAGUCCACAGGUACAUGCAAAUCCUUAGAGACAAGCAAGAACUUGCUGAAACUCAGAAACAACUAGCCAAGCUUCAGCUUGCGCAGAAAGAAUCCUCGAGCAGUAUUCAUCUGCAGCACAAGGAAGAGGGAGGUGCACCAUUUGCUUCUGAUAGCCAAAAAGUUGUUUGCACACCAGAAAGGCAGAACCUACAGUUGGCUCUUGCUUUACCCCAUCAAGUGGCUGUAUCGUCCUCCCAGCCACCUAGGCCUGUGGAACAGCUACAGCCUUUGGCAGCUCCACGUCAAACCCUUCCUCAGACUGUUCAUGCUCAGGUUCAGCAGGUUCAGCCACCUUCCUAUUAUCCCCCACAGAAUCAUUUGCCUAAUCCGCUGCCCCAAACACAUCAUCAACCUCAGGACCAAUAUUUACAAGCAGAUACCCAAUACCAAACGCCCCAAAUGCAUGACUUGUCCAGGCAGGCACCACAGCCUCCACAGCCUCUAGUCGGUCAAACCCAGCAAAUGCACCCCUUUCCCCCUUACCAACAGCAGUGGCCACAGCAGUUCCCCCGUCAGGUACAACCACCACAACAACCAUCUCCACAACCUCAGGUUAGACCUCAGACAACAACAGCAUAUUCAACCUACUCACCUACCCAUCCUGCAAACCCGCCUCCUGAGACCUUCUCAGCCAGUAUGCCAAUGCAGGUCUCGUUUUCUGGAGUCCCUCCAUCUGGAGUGAGCCGCACAGAAUCCAUGGCUUAUGGUUAUGGUGGGGCCGUCAGAACAACAGUUCAGCAGUUGCUUCCUCCUCAGCAUAACAUUCAGAGGCAACCACCGCUGUCAACCAACCAGAACACUUUUGGAGUGCAUCUCAAUGAUGGCUCCUUCUCAGGUGCUGGACACCAUCCACCACAGCCCCAAGGACAAGGAUACAUGAUGUAUGAUGGGGAGGAUGGACGAACCCCUCAGCCACCACCCGCACACUAUUCACAGGGUGGGUAUCCUCCAACAACACAUACCUCUCUACAGAAUCCACAGACUCCUGCUGGUGGUAGUCUUUUGGUCCGCCAUCCAAGCCCAUCGCAGAUGAUGCGUAGCCAUAUGUAUAGCGAGCUGAUUGAGAAGGCUGUGAGCAUGGGUUACUCGAGAGAUCAUGUUGCAGCUGUGAUCCACAGGCUGGAGGAAAGUGGUCAACCGGUGGAUGUUAAUAGCAUUCUUCACAAGUUGAAUGUGCAGUCAUCUGGCGGUUCCCAGAGGGGAUGGUCUGGCUAACAUCAGAUGUCAAAGUCCCAUCUGCAUAGCAACAAGUGUGGGCUUCUUAUAUGCUUGGUGCCCCUCCUUAAAUAAGGUUGACUAGCAGGUGGAACAUCACCAUUUUUCAGACUUACAAGUACACUGAUAAUUGUAUAUCUGUGGCAUCAUUCCAUGGCCUGGCCUUGUUUUAUUGCCAAGUCUUGGAUGCCUCUGUUUUGGAGUAGGCAGAUGCUUUAUCUAUUUGUAUUUUUUGGGGGGGGGGGGGGGGGCUUUAUGACGUAUAAUAUUUUCAGUAAUAGAAAAAAGGUGAGCGGUAGCGGUGCUCGAGCACUCAGUACUUUUAAGAGCCAAUUAAAUGUCAGCUGUUGAUCUAUUUCUAGAUAAAUCUGAACAGUUCAUUGUAUUACCAUACAUAAACCAAUUUCUGGCUUUUACCGUUGCAGCCAA